AUGGAAAGAUUGUUGAUAAAGUUUUCAUUAUGUAUUGUUUUAAUUUUGAUACAAUUGAAAGGAUACGAAUGUUGCUCGGAGAAGGAGAGAAUAAGCUUGCUAGAGAUUAAAGAUAGUAUUCUGAACUCAAACUGUGAGAUUCAAGACAAUCUGGAUUCAUGGGUUGAUGAUGGAAUGGGCAAUUGCUGUGAUUGGGAUAGAGUUACAUGCAGUGCUACUUCCAACAGCGUCACUGCAAUUUUCCUCAAUCACACAACUCGGCUUGCAGGAACAACUUGUACUCUAAAUCUAUCUAUCUUUCAUCCUCUUCAAGAACUCGUCUCCCUCAAUUUAUCUUGCAAUCGCUUUUAUGCAUGGACUCACAAUGCAGAAAGUGAGGGAAAGUUGAGCAUUUUAGAGAAAGAAAGAUUUAAAGAAAAGGGCAAAGAAGAAAAUGGGAUGAUGUGGUAA